UUUAUCGUACUUCAGUUCUUCGAAACUAGAUAUGGGAACCCUUCUCCGUCUUGGUCUCUUGGAGCUUUUUAUGAUUCCUCAAAUCGCAUAGAUCCGUCAAAAUUGAUUUCGUUCACACUCAGACAUUCAUCCUUCCGUACAUUCCUUUAUCUGCUGCUGGAGGAAUCCUCCAAACAGCUUAGUGCCGCUGAAUUCUAGAAGUCCAUCUAGCAUGAACCGUCGACUUUUAGAUCUAGAUUAGCAUAUUUUGUGAUUUAGAAGGUUGAUUUAAUCGAGCGAUCAUAUGAAUUAUCGAGCGAGGUAUCCUCCCGGAAACGGCAGUGGACGCGGGGGAAACAGCUCUAAUUUUUAUGCAAGCAGGCCUCAGCCGCAGCCGCAGCAGCAGUUCGUGCAGGGGAAUCUUUCAGCUAGCCAGCAUGGCCAGCAAUUGCAGCAGCAGCAACGGUGGUUGCGAAGGAAUGAGAUUGGAAACGACUCAGGAAACCGAGAGGAAGUCGGAGAGGUUCAAUCAUAUGGCAGCAAUCAUAGCAUUCAAGAUUGGAAAUCACAUUUAAAUAUACCCGCACCUGAUACACGUUACCAGACCGAGGAUGUAACUGCAACUAAAGGAAAUGAAUUUGAAGAUUAUUUUUUGAAGAGAGAGCUACUCAUGGGUAUCUAUGAGAAGGGAUUUGAAAGUCCUUCCCCCAUUCAAGAGGAAAGUAUUCCAAUUGCUCUAACUGGUAGGGAUAUUCUUGCUAGAGCUAAAAAUGGAACUGGGAAGACAGCUGCCUUCUGCAUUCCUGCUCUAGAGAAGAUUGAUCAAGCAAAAAAUGUCAUCCAAGUUGUGAUACUAGUUCCUACACGAGAAUUAGCUCUCCAGACAUCACAAGUUUGCAAGGAGCUUGGAAAGUAUUUGAAGAUUCAGGUUAUGGUCACCACUGGAGGAACCAGUUUGAAGGAUGACAUUAUGCGGUUAUAUCAGCCUGUUCAUUUAGUUGUUGGAACGCCAGGUCGCAUACUUGAUCUUGCUAGAAAGGAUAUUUGUGUUCUUAAAGAUUGCUCCAUGCUUAUUGUGGAUGAGGCUGACAAACUCCUGUCUCCGGAGUUUCAACCUUCAAUUGAGCAGUUGAUUGGAUUUCUUCCUGCAAAAAGGCAGAUAUUGUUGUUUUCGGCAACCUUUCCUGUGACUGUCAAGGGUUUUAAAGACAGAUAUCUCUCAAACCCCUUCACAAUUAAUCUUAUGGAUGAGCUUACCCUUAAGGGUAUUACACACUACUAUGCUUUUGUGGAAGAAAGGCAGAAGGUUCACUGCCUGAAUACUCUUUUCUCUAAGCUUCAAAUAAACCAGUCUAUCAUAUUUUGCAACUCUGUUAACCGGGUAGAAUUGCUGGCGAAGAAAAUUACAGAGCUUGGCUAUUCUUGCUUUUAUAUUCAUGCCAAAAUGUUGCAGGACCAUCGGAAUCGUGUUUUCCAUGAUUUCCGAAAUGGUGCAUGCAGGAAUCUUGUUUGCACCGAUUUAUUUACCAGGGGGAUUGACAUUCAAGCUGUUAAUGUUGUUAUCAACUUUGAUUUCCCCAAGAACUCGGAGACAUAUCUACAUAGGGUUGGUCGCUCAGGAAGGUUUGGUCAUCUUGGUCUAGCUGUAAAUUUGAUCACUUAUGAGGACCGGUUCAACUUAUAUAGAAUUGAGCAAGAACUAGCAGCUGAAAUCAAGCAAAUUCCACCACAAAUUGACCAAGCUAUAUACUGCAAAUGAUAAAGUACUGUACAUCCUGAAUCAACUGAUUUGGUGAAUAAAUUGUGAUAUUCUUCAUUUGUCAUCAUCUGUUCUAUGCUAACAUCUAUUUUGGGCCUUGCGUUUGAAUAGAACUUCUGGAUGAUUUGCUGCGCCCGCGCCCUCGUCUCCCUUAUACAAACUCGGGCAUUAAAUAUUGAUUGCCAAAGCUUUGUCGGGCUGUUCUUGGUGCGCCUUUGUUUGUCUCUACCAUUUAUUUUUAUUUCUUAUUAUUGAAAAUUCAUCUAAUUUUGACAAAUUUCACUA